CCUUAGAGAAAAAGUUGACUCAUAUCCUGGUGAUGUUAUGCCUAAACCGAGGAAAAGAUUGGAUAUGGAGGUUGAAAAGAGUGGGAAUUGGCUUCCGGUAUGGGUAGGGGGUUCACAGUUUGAAGUAACUCAUGGCUUUACCAUGGACAAAUUUGUUGUUGAUUUAAGUAAUCACACAUGUACUUGUUACUUGUGGGAUUUGGUAGGAAUACCAUGUAGACAUGCGGUUGCUACCAUUCAUUACAAAUCAGAAAACCCAGAAAAUUAUGUUCAUCCUUACUAUAAGAAAGAUGCCUAUAGAACUUGUUAUGCACCAAUUAUAAGUCCUAUCAAUGGACAACAACUUUGGCCUACAUCUGACUCUCCACAACUACUACCUCCCAUUUACAAAACACCUCCUGGGAGGCCAAAAAAAUUAAGAAGACGAGAAGCUGAUGAAUAUGUCAGCCAUGGAAAAUUGUCAAAGACCAAUACUGCUAUAAGAUGUAGCACUUGCAAUGCAUAUGGACACGAUGCAAGGACAUGUAAAAAGAGCCAGAAAAGCAAGGACAAAAGGGGGGCUUCUACAUCAACACCUGGAUCUGCAUCAAGAAGGACUGCAUCUGCAUCUGCAUCAGAAGCUGGAAGGGGGGCAUCUGCAUCACAAGCUGGAAGGGCUGCAUCAAUUGAUGGAAGGGGGGCAUCUGCAUCUGCAUCACAAGCUGGAAGGGCUGCAUCAAUUGCUGGAAAGGGGGCAUCUGCAUCUGCACCACAAAUUGGAAGGAGAUCAGCCAGAGAUGCAGGGGUUGGGGCUGCAUCAACAUCACAAGCUGGAGGAUCUGCAACUAUGCGUCAAGGGGCAAGAAGAGCAUCUCAAGAUUGGCUGCACAAAUUGUAGGGUCUCAAGGAAGUUGUAAUUGAAGGAUGUAAUUUCAGACAAUUUGUAGUGGCUGUAGGGUGUCAAGCAAGUUGUAAUUAAAAUAGUGGCUGUAAUGGACCACUUUUUUGUCUUGUAGUGACUGUAACCCUUUAAAGUAUGCUGGGAC